AAAACGCCUCAGUUAUCAGAUUUUCAACGACCAGCUUUCGUCACUAUGAAUUACAAUUCCACUUCUUAUAGGAAACUACCACCCUAAGCAAAAGGCAAAGUUUCAGCCUUUAAGUGUCAAACAGAGACAUCUAUGACUAAUCCCCAACACACGGAGUCAAAAUUAUCCCAUCAAUAACUCUUUAAUCUUCUAUUUCUUCACAUUCAUAGCCUAACUCUUUUAAGCCUUCACCAUUAUAUUCGUUCAAAGAUAGAAUAAUCUCCUUUUCACUCUAUUACUGCUCAACUUUGAAUAAAGCUAUCAUUUUCAGCAAAGCCUACGUCAAUCUUAUAUUAGUCAUACUUUUGCAGCUACUUCUCAUGUCUUUGACUAAUUCUAUAUAUGUAUAUGUUCUCAUCUUUUUAAUUCCCUUUCGUCUAUAAAUAAAUUCUGUAUCUUAAUGUAUAAUCUAUAGUUUUUUUAUUCUCAAAAAAUAUGAUCCCUGAAUUCUCGUUCUUAGUUUGGUUACUAAUUUCAUUAGUAAUCAUCUUUUUAUUUGUUCGUUUGUUGUAUCUUACUUCUCUUUUUUGUAUCAUUAGUAGGUGUUUAACUAUUUUAGUAAACCAAUUUCAUAUCUAUAAUCAAUACAAAAUCCCUCAAUACAAUGAUGAUUUGCAAGAAAAUCCAUUGUUUCGAAAAAUCUUCACUUACAUAAAAUCUUUGCCUUCUUUGGAGGAUUCGGAUUUUGCUGCUCUUUAUUCAGGAGAUAAACCGGGUGAUAUUCUUGUGUCCUUAGACUCUAAUGGAUAUGUUUUGGAUACGUUUUUACAUGCUCAAGUUAUUUGGAUGUAUAAUAAAAAACGCGAUAAUGGUCAUGGAGGUGAAGUUGUGCUGAAGAUUAAGGCCAAGGAUAAGAAGAGGAUUUUGGUUCCUUACAUUCGACAUAUUUACAAGGUGGUUGAUGAGAUUGAGCAGAAGAAAAAGGAAUUACGAGUUUAUAUCAAUCGUUCAUCGUGUGUUGAUGGACUAAAUAAUCCGUUGUGGAGAUCGUUUCCUUUUGUUCAUCCAUCGUCAUUUGAUAAUAUAGUCUUAGAUGAUGAUGUGAAAACCAAGGUUAAGAAUGGUCUUGAGUUGUUUUUGAAGUCUAAGCAAUAUUACAACAAAAUUGGACGUGUUUGGAGACGUAGUUACUUGCUAUAUGGAGGUCCUGGUACGGGCAAGUCUAGCUUUGCAGCCGCGAUGGCAAAGUUUCUGUCGUAUGAUCUUUAUGAUAUCGAUCUUUCAAAGCCAUCGGAUUGCUCAGAUUUGAAGAUGCUCUUGUUGCAAACUACAAGGAAGUCAUUGAUCUUGAUUGAGAAUUUGGAUUGGUUUAUGAUGGGUGAAUCAAAUGGGAUUAGUUUAUCUAAAGUGUUGAAUUUUAUGGAUGGUGUUGUAUCAAGUUGUGGUGAAGAGAGGGUAAUGGUUUUUACCAUGAAUUGUAAAGACCAUAUUGACCCUUUGGUUUUAAGGCCAGGUAGAGUUGAUGUGCAUAUUCACUUCCCAUUUUGUGACUUUAAUGGGUUUAAGGCUUUGGCUUUGAGUCAUUUGGGUUGUAAGGAUCACAAGCUAUUUGGUCAAGUGGAUGACUUGUUUCAACAAAACGGGUCGCGGUUAAGCCCGGCUGAGAUAAGUGAGAUUAUGAUAUCGAAUCGGAUGUCUCCUACUAGAGCUAUAAAGACGAUAAUUAAGGCAUUACAAAGUGAAGAUGUUAAGCAAAUAACUAGUGUUGAACAACAACUAAAUAAGAGUGGUAGUGAUCAAGUUUUAGAGGAUUUAGAUGUUCCAGACUCAAAAGUUAAGCGAGAUGGUUAUUAUGCUAUAAGGAAAAUUCAGAAAAUGUAUGGAAGAUUAAGAUUGAAAAAUAGUAGGAGAGAAUCUUUAGAUUUAAAUUAAACUUUGAGCAGAAGUAUAAUAUUUGUUUAUUAUUUUUAGAUUAAGUAGAGUAAAAUAGUUUGUACUUUAAGAUUUUACAAAAAUUGUAAUAUUUGUUUAUUUAUUUAUUUAUUUAUUUAUUUCGUGAGGGGUGAUAUGUGUUACAAAGGUAACAAUAAAUGUUUUUUUUUACACAACAAUAAUAAAUGUAUAUGGUACAAUUAUAUACAAUGUAAAUACCCCUUAAUGUUAUUCUAUAGGUAGACAAUCAAAAUAAACUUACUCCGAUGCGUCUUUGUUAGUAAAAGAACUCUACCUCUUGUAAUAAUGGUAAGUUAUCCUAGUUUACUGUUAUGAGGUCUUGGUCUAAUGGUUA